AUAUAUAGCUAUACACAAUACCGAUCGCGUAAUUAAAUCAAGUUUUCAUUUUUCAUGAAUUGUCAUUUAUUUAAUAUUUAAAUUAAAGCAGUGAAAAAUGAUUUUUAAUCUUUUUAUCAGUAUUGUAUUUGUGGUGAUCUGGGAUACAAUGCAAGUUAAUACAUGUUGUUCUAGAAAAGUUCCGUGUACAGAUUCAGAACUUGAAAGAGCAGUCAAUCUGAUUACUGGAUUUGAAUAUCCUCAGAAGAAUGAUUUCCCUAAAUUAAAAUUUAGUACUGUAAAGAAACUAUUAAAUAUAGAUUCAUUACCAAAAGAAAGUAAAGUAAAGAAUAACAUUGAUUUAUUAUACUGUGAUUUGGCGUGUGGUAAUAUGCAUUUACUUUCAAGUUAUUUUAAAACGGUUGAAAAUAUAAAUUCAUGUCAUUUAAGUGAAAAAGUUACCAAAAGCAUGUUAGCUUCACUUUUAAAAAUAAAUAAAACGAUAUAUAUAAGGCCGUUUUGGCAUGUGCAUAUGUUUUUGAUGUAUUGCUCGUUGUGCUAUAGAAAUUGGACUGAUAGGAAUUCUAAAACGAUAACUUCGACCAUAAAUGUAUUAAAUAAUUUUAUUACUAAAUGGUGUAGAGAAGGCAAUAGGCAUGGUAUGAUAGUGAAUGGUAACAAUAAACAUGAUUGGAAAAUAUCUUUAAAAAACAUCGACAAUAUGAUAAUAGAAACACAAAAUCAUAAUAAUUUUCUAUUGGAAAACGAAACAGAAAAAAAUUGGGUCUCCUUAAAAAGUAUUUACUUGUAUAAAAUAAAGGACGAAAAUACUUUGAAAUACAUAAUUAUGAAUUUUGGUGAACAAAGAGAAAUAGUUUUUAAAGAAAUAUACAAAGAGCUCAACAAAAGUUAUAAUGAAGCUUUGAAUUAUUAUUAUCUAGAGCUUUGGACGGAAAAUUUAGGAAUUUAUCAAAUAAAAAUGUUAAAUGUUAUAAGAACAGUAGCAUUACAUUUAAUAAGAAAGCACAUGGUUAUUGCUAAUAAAUAUUGGCAAAUAAAUCGUAAAUUGUUUGCAAAUAUCAAUGUAAGUAAUACUGAUGUGAAAAAUUAUCUUUUAGGUAAUAAAUUCUUUAAAGAACUAUUUAGGUUUAAUUACAAUGAAAUGAUAGAAGUUUUAGAAGAUUCCACUAAAAAACCACUGGUUGAAAAAGGUGUUAAUUUAACACUUAAUAAAGCAAUUAUAUAUAUUCAACAAAUUAUGAAAACUGUGUUACCAAAAUUUGUUCCUAUAAAUUACAAUGAAAGAAUGGAUGAUGAAAAUUUAGAACGACUAAGCUCUGAAAAGAAAAAUCCUAAUAAGAAUGACUUAGAUCAAAUUACAGAUAUAGCUUCGAAAACACUAAGUGAAAAUGUAGAGAAUAUCAAAUCGUAUAUAAACUAUUUAGACGAUUUAUUCUAUGAAUAUAAUAUUGAGACUAUUGUUUCUUAUAUAGAAUCAUAUGAUAUAGCUGAAAGUACAGAUGAUUAUGAUUAUCGUAAUAAAAUUCUCAUACAAUUUGAUUUGUAACAAAACAAUAUAACUUUUGUUAAUUUAUUAUUUCAAUACUUAUUUGAAAUUUUAUAAAAAUAAAAAGUUAAAUAUGUAAUAUAUGUUUUGAAAAAAGCUGCAAAAAUUCUUAAAUUUUUAU